CAGCAGACUGGGCUGGUCCCCAGGAGACUGCGGCCCGGGGGAAUGCGCGUGAGGGGGUGUCCAGCGAGUCGGGUCGGGUCGGAGUGGAUUGACCACGGGGCCCGGAGGGUCCGAGCCGGGAGCGGAGCCUGCACCCUCCACCACCCGCCCUUCGGGAAAUGUCAGAACUGAGCCAAGAGGCAGGUGCACCGGGAAAAUGUUUCUGAGUCCUGCUUGGCAGAAGAGAAACUGAGCCACCAGCUCAGGAGCCACAGGGUCAGCAGGCCUGAAAGGGGGCUGGUUCUGCCUGGUGCAGAGGACUGGGUGGGCCUGUAGGAGCCGAGGUGGCCUCUGGCUGGGGACCCGUCUCUGCUUUGUCUGCACCUCUUGGCUCGGUUCCCCUGUGCUCCAUGACUCCCGCAUCUCCUGGCCGCUUCUCGUGGGUUUGGAGUAGUCCCUGUUUUGGGGGCCAUCUGAGUAUGUAAGGCCUAGGCCAUAGAGGAAGGGGAGGGUCGCAGACUUGCAGCCUGGCUGUGGAUUUGAGCAGGAGUGUGGGGUUGCUGAUGGAUCAGGGACACUUUUCCUGAGCUGCCUUGGCCCAGACCUGGGGCCAGUCAUUUCCAGUGUGGCAUGGGGGAGGAGCACUAACCAAAGAUCCAAGGGUUGUAAAUUCGUCACCAGCUCUGCCACUUUGUAGUGGUGAGACUUUUGAGAAGCCUCUUCCUUUCUCCAAUUUCUCUUUUAAAAACUUGGAACCCCAGUACUCUCCCUCAUAAAGAUAGCAGUAAUGGCAGUCAUUUCUCACGUGCUUAUUUUGUGUCAAGCACUGACAUGUUCCAUUCCGUUUUCCGAAGGACUGUAGGGAGUAGAGAUCAUUAGCUGUUUCACAGCUCAGAGAGGAUGUGUAAUCUGUUUACUCCAGAACCCUGGCCUUAACCAUUAGGCUAACCAGCCUUCAUGGAACACUCCCCUGGAAGAGAAAAGGGAGGCAGAUCCUAGGACCCAGUGCUCUGUGAUGUUUUGUUUUGUGGCCAGCAAAGACUUACCCUGACACAACCCACCAUCUCUUCCUCUGGUGGUGGUGCUGCUGCUGUGCCCCUAGACUGAUGGGGAGCUCAAGUGGGUGCCAGCCAUGCCAAGUCUCCUUCAUGCAGUGCUUAGGUGCUGGGCUCUGGAGUCAACUUCCAAAACAAUUGUUUGAAUUCAUUGUCCAUCAAUGGUUCUGAACGUGUGAACUCCCUCCUCAGAGCUGGACCCUAGGGUGCAGGAGGCAGGAUCUCUAAGCUCUAAGCACCCCAUUGGCCCCCUGAGAGCUGGGGUAGUAAGGAGCUGUCCCUGAGGCUGGUCCAGCCAGUCUCUGGGGACAAGGACUAUACAGUGGGAAAACAGUAGACUCCGAGUUCUGAAAGUUAUCUGAGCUUCGGUUUCCUCAUCUGUUGGAGAGGUUAUUAAAUUCUCUCACAGGGAAAGGUAAGAUGACCCCAUGGAAACCUCUCGUAUGGCUCACGAGGACUGUGCGGUAGAUGGUGGAGGAUCCAUCUUAGAGAAGGGAUAAUGGUGAUGGGGAAAGUCUUUUGUGGAGGAAGGUGCUCCAUGGUCCUCUUGCUCCUGGAUCCCACACAGGGAGAAUGGCCUGAAAGGCAGCAGGAGAGAUUCAGGCUAGACACCGGGAAGCCACUACCCUGGGGCAUGGGGAGCAUGCAAAUCUGGGAGAGGAAAGGGAGGCAGUUUGGUUCUCUCCACCUUUGCCCUCUGAGGAGUCUGAACCAGAGUAGGGAGUCCCUGGCUUGGGGUGGGACAUGCCCUCCAGUCCCACCUCUGCAGUGACUCCAUGUAUGUACCUCUCUCUUCUCCUGCAGCUGCUGCCGCUCACCCCGUGUCUUCUGGCCGCUUCCCUCUUUGUUGCCCCUCCCCACAGGCUCCCCCUCUCCACCUCCUGGGGCCCAUCAUGAAUGGUGCCCCCUCCCCAGAGGAUGGGGCCUCCCCCUCCCCUCCCCCCCUGCCACCACCCCCUCCCCCAAGUUGGCGGGAGUUCUGUGAGUCCCACGCCCGGGCUGCAGCCCUGGAUUUUGCCCGCCGUUUUCGCCUCUACCUGGCCUCCCACCCCCAGUACGCGGGGCCUGGGGCGGAGGCUGCCUUCUCUCGCCGCUUCGCUGAGCUCUUCCUGCAGCACUUUGAAGCUGAGGUGGCCCGGGCCUCGGGCUCCCUCUCACCACCAGUUAUAGCUCCCCUGAGUCCCGGUGUGGAGAUCCCUCCGCCACAUGACUUGUCCCUCGAGAGCUGCAGGGUGGGCGGGCCCCUGGCUGUGCUGGGUCCCUCUCGAUCAUCCGAGGACCUGGCCGGCCCCCUCCCCUCCUCAGUCUCUUCCUCUUCUACGACCUCCUCGAAGCCGAAGCUCAAGAAACGCUUCUCCCUCCGCUCAGUCGGUCGCUCGGUCCGAGGUUCUGUCCGUGGCAUCCUGCAGUGGCGGGGAACUGUUGACCCUCCCUCCCCAGCGAGUCCCCUGGAGACCUCAUCAGGCCCCCCAGUCCUGGGUGGAAACAGCAACUCCAACUCCUCUGGUGGGGCUGGGACUGUUGGUCGGGGACUGGUUAGUGAUGGCACGUCCCCUGGGGAAAGAUGGACUCACCGAUUUGAGAGGCUGAGACUAAGUCGGGGAGGGGGGACCUUGAAGGAUGGAGCAGGGGUGGUGCAGAGGGAAGAGCUGCUGAGUUUCAUGGGGGCCGAAGAGGCGGCCCCUGACCCGGCGGGAGCAGGCCGGGGAGGAGGGGCAGCUGGGCCUACCUCAGGGGGAGGAGGGCAGCCCCAGUGGCAGAAGUGUCGCUUAUUGCUUCGGAGUGAAGGCGAAGGAGGAGGAGGAAGUCGCCUGGAGUUCUUUGUACCACCCAAGGCCUCUAGGCCCCGGCUCAGCAUUCCCUGCUCUACUAUCACGGAUGUUCGGACAACCACAGCCCUGGAGAUGCCUGACCGGGAAAACACGUUUGUGGUCAAGGUGGAAGGCCCCUCAGAGUACAUCCUGGAGACAACUGAUGCUCUCCAUGUGAAGGCCUGGGUGUCUGACAUUCAAGAAUGCCUGAGCCCAGGACCCUGCCCUGCUACCAGUCCCCGCCCCAUGACCCUCCCUCUGGCUCCUGGGACCUCCUUCCUCACAAAAGAGAACACAGAUGGCCUGGAGCUGCCCUGCCUGAACCAUUCAGAGAGUCUGCCCAGCCAGGAUCUGCUUCUGGGACCCAGUGAGAGCAAUGAUCGCCUUUCGCAAGGGGCAUAUGGGGGCCUCUCAGACCGGCCCUCAGCAUCCAUCUCCCCUAGUUCGGCCUCCAUUGCUGCCUCCCAUUUUGACUCCAUGGAACUGCUUCCCCCAGAGCUGCCCCCCCGCAUCCCCAUUGAGGAGGGCCCCCCUGCAGGAACAGUUCAUCCCCUCUCAACUCCCUACCCUCCCUUGGACACUCCGGAAACAGCCACAGGGUCCUUCCUGUUCCAGGGGGAGUCAGAGGGAGGUGAGGGGGACCAGCCCCUCUCAGGAUAUCCUUGGUUCCACGGGAUGCUCUCUCGACUCAAGGCCGCCCAGCUAGUGCUGGAAGGAGGCACCGGCUCCCACGGUGUCUUCCUGGUACGUCAGAGCGAAACGAGGCGGGGUGAAUAUGUCCUCACUUUCAACUUCCAGGGCAAGGCCAAGCACCUGCGCUUGUCACUGAACGAGGAGGGCCAGUGCCGGGUCCAGCAUCUGUGGUUCCAGUCCAUUUUCGACAUGCUCGAGCACUUCCGGGUGCACCCCAUCCCUCUGGAGUCUGGAGGCUCCAGUGAUGUUGUCCUUGUCAGCUAUGUGCCCUCCCAGCGGCAGCAGGAACCGAACACCUCCCAUGACCUACCCCAGCCCCCUGAACCCCCUUCAUGGACAGAUUCCCCAUAUCCUGGGGCAGAAGAGGCGUCGGGGGCGCCAGAAGUGGCGGCAGCAGCAGCCCCAGCAGCCAAAGAGAGGCAAGAGAAAGAGAAAACGGGCAGUGGAGGGGUCCAGGAAGAGCUGGUCCCCGUGGUUGAGCUGGUCCCCGUGGUCGAAUUGGAAGAGGCCAUAGCACCAGGCAUGGAGGCCCAGGGUGGUGCUGGCUCUGGUGGGGACAUUGGGGUGACCCCAAUUGUGCAGCUCCAGCAGUUACCACUAGGGGGCAACGGAGAAGAAGGGGGUCAUCCCAGAGCCAUUAACAACCAGUACUCCUUGGUGUGAGACACCCCACCCCACCCUCUCUCCACUCUUCUUGCUCUUCAGUCCUCGGGUCGUGAGGUGGGCUGGGUAGGGACAUAGAGGAGACUUGGGAGUCCCCUUCCCACAGGCUUCCUGACCUUGUCAGUCAAGGGCAUACGUGCUGGUACAAGCAGAGGUUCGAGAGCCCUGUCAACUCCCUAGUUCGUACACUACAGGCGCCCAUCCCCUAGGCAGGGGAUUUGGGCUCCAUUACCUCCCUGAGGGGCUCUUAUGGUCAGCCCCAUCCCUGGGGGCCAUUUCCCCAUCAACUACCCCCCAGCCCAAGCAAGGGUGAUGGGGGGAAGGGCUGUCAGUUAUAUUAAGGUGGUUGUUGUUGUUGUUUUAAACAAAAUGGAGAAGCAUAAAUAAAUAAAAGGGUUUAUCUCA